AUGCGGCCAAUUUCGUUGAGCUUGGCUCUCGAAGCUGUCGGGGCAACCUGCUUCACCCUCGCCACGGCAGCGGCGGCAGCAGCAGAUGGAAACCACUUCGUAGACGCGUGCAAUGCCCUGGCCGAGGUCCUACCCGGGAAGGUUGCCUUCCCCAACACCACCAUGUAUAUCAACCAGAACAUGUACUGGUCCAACCGGCAAGGAGAGGUCCAUCCGCGCUGCUUCGUGACCCCGAGAAGCAGUCUGGAUGUUUCCAAGGCCAUGAAGACCCUCACAUCUCGCAGGGCGCCCUUCACCGUCAAGGCCGGGGGCCACACGGCGUUUGAGGGCGGGUCCAACAUUGACGACGGCGUCACCGUGGACCUUGUCCAUCUCAACGACAUCACUGUCUCGCGCGACAGAGGAACCGUGUCUGUCGGAGCGGGAAAUCGGUGGAUCAACGUGUCUCAAGCCCUCGACCCGAUGGGGCUGGCCGCUGUCGGCGGACGGGCUGCUGGCGUUGGGGUGAGCGGACUGCUUCUCGGAGGGGGUAUCUCCUACUUUUCGGGAACGUAUGGCUGGGCGUGCGACAAUGUGAGGAACUACGAAAUCGUUGUUUCUUCCGGAGAAAUCGUCAAUGCCUCGCCAGACGAGAAUCCGGACCUGUACUGGGCUCUCCGCGGCGGCGGCGGCUCCAACUUUGGCAUCGUCACUCGCUUCGACCUUGUCGCCUUUUCCCAGGGCGAGCUGUGGGCAAACUCAAUUGUCUUCCCCGGCGAGCGCAACAAAACGCUCAUCCCGCUAUUCCAAGACCUCACCAACAAGGGCUUGGUGGAAAACCCAAAGGCCCACGCAUACUUUGUCCUGAGCUACCAACCGGGCCUGGGACAGUUCAUCGCUCUCACCAGCUUGUUCCAGUUCACGCCGCCGCCUCAAAACACCAUCCCGACAGCCUUCCAAAAUUUCCAAUCUGUGCCGGCAAUCGACCAGCCCUGGGGUUCGCGCCAGACAUGGUGGGACACUUCUGUCGCCACGACGUCGGAAAAGAUGUUUCAUGAUAUCGUGUCUCUCUACGAGGCAUACGUGAAUGAGCUCUUGGCGGCCGCAAAUGGCGCUGAAGUCAUGGCCUACUUGGUUUUCCAGCCCAUAUCCAAGAACAUCGUCGACGCAAUGCAGAAGAAGGGCGGCAACGCACUCGGGCUGAAGCCAAAGGAUGGACCAUUGAUGAUUGUGCAGGUGACGACUACAUGGAGCGACAAACGGCUGGAUUCCCUCGUUGAGAAGUCGUCGGAGGCGUUUAUACAGGACGUUGAGGCGCUUUCCAAGAAGAGAGGGCUUUUCCGAGGCUUCGUGUACAUGAAUUACGCGGGCAAAAGCCAAGACGUGCUCCGACGAUACGGGCAUGAGAGCUUCAGCCGCUUGAAUAAAGUAGCGGCCAAGUGGGAUCCCAAGGGCGUUUUGCAAGAGCUGUGGAGAGGAUACUUUCAGUUGCGGGGAUCUGGGAAUCAUACGUAA